GCGCCUGCGCCCAAUCGUCCAUUCGGCGGCGGACGGCCGCUCACUCGCGAGUGGACUGUCGCGGAAAGAGUUCAAAGAGUUGCGGAUUCGGAUUUCAUUUCGGAGUGUUUGGAGUUUGUACCGCACGGGUUCGGACGGACGGAUCCGACCGACAUGUUUAGUUAUUAUUGCGCGGGCGCUGAUCUUCGUGCACGCGGUAGCAAAUGCUGCUCGGGACUCUUCAUCUUCGCUAGGGAAGAUUAUGCUGAGGAGAAACGGAUUUUUUGCUGAAACAACAAGAUGACAUCGGCAUUGAAGCCUUUCAUGCUGCUCAGAAACUAUUUGCCGAGAUGCGGAACCUCGAAAAUAUGUUCUUCGAAAGUUUGCAAUAAGCAGAUCCACACUACCUUUUCUCUCCUUCAUGGGGAAUAUGAAUUUCAAGAUCCAAAGUCUGAAGACGAAGUUGUUAAUGUCACUUACAUUGACAAGAAUGGCAAAAAAAUACCAGUAAGAGGCAAAGUUGGAGACAAUGUAUUGUACUUGGCACACAGAUAUAACAUUGAAAUGGAAGGAGCUUGUGAGGCAUCGUUAGCCUGUACCACCUGCCAUGUCUAUAUUCACUAUGAUUAUCUGGAUAAGCUGCCAGAAGCUGAGGAGAAAGAAGAAGAUCUAUUAGACUUGGCACCAUUUUUAAAAGAAAACUCAAGAUUAGGUUGUCAAAUAAUACUGACAAAAGAAUUGGAGGGCAUGGAACUGCAACUGCCACAAAUAACUCGAAACUUUUAUGUUGAUGGGCAUACACCAACACCUCAUUAAAUGAAAAAUUUGUAUUGUAAAUAUGCUUUUAUAAGUAAGGAACUAUAUAAAACAGUAGUAUUUAAUAGUUUUAUUUAUCAAUUUGAAAAAAUUAUGCUGAAUAAACAUGCUCGAAUAAAAAAAAACAGCAGAAUAAAAAUUGCAUGUAAACAAUGCCUAAUGUACUUGCGCAACAAUAAUAUGAUAUCCAGCAAACCAGCAAAAAAUUUUCCUCUGGCGUGUUUUUGGAAAAAAAUUAUUAAAUUAAUGCUUUUGUUUGACUUGAAGAAAAAAUUAAUGAAAUUCAAGAAGAAUAGAAGGAUAUGAAAAAAAACACAUUUUCAUUUUGGUGAAGUACAAUAUAUUUUAUGCUAUGUAUACAUAUAUAUAAAUAACGUUCAAAUUUCACUUUACUAUAUCAGUAUAAAUAUUAAGAAUAUGGUAAAAUAAAUUAUUUACUAUAUAAAAGCUAUUCGAAUUGAUAAAUUGUAAUAUCAAUGCUUUGUUUCAAGGCAAAUAGUUUCAACGAAAAAUCUAUUACAUAUUUAAUAGUAAAAAUAUCAGUUAUCGGCAACAACAGCUGUGACAUGCACCAUCAGAUCCUAUUCCAGUAUGUAUAUAAAUAUAUUUAUGUAUAUUUAUUUAUUUAAAAGUCAAAAAUAGAGAAUCUUUUAUAUAACUUUUCAAAAAAUUCGUAUAAUGUACAAAAAAUUAUUUAUUCUUAUAAUUACUAUAAGUAUGUAGAAGCCAUUGAAUACAAAUUUGGAGAUUCCAUGAUAAUUAUCACACAGUGUGUUGGCUAUCGUCUGUUUACAGUAAUGAGUUUACUCUUUUGUAAUGAAUAAACUCAACGACGGAAUAUUUUUGUAACAACUUAUGAGUAUAACGUUUUUUCGACCCACUCUUCCAAAGUAAAUGUGGCUGAAUUAGUGUGGUCUGGAUCUCUUUCCCGGAAGAUAUCUGUGUUUUUAAAAAUAUU